CAUGGAGGACUGGAAUGCAGAGAUUUGAGAUUUGACUCAAUAGUUAGGAAGCCACGGAAUGCUUUGCACAAGGAAGGGGCAUGAGUAUAUUUGUUCUUUUUAAAAGAUGGCAGCUGUGUUAUGGAGGAUCAGCUUUGGACAGGAAAACUAGAUGAGAGGAAAUUGCAGUCAUUCAGAUUUGUAAAGAGCUCUUACUUUGAAUUUAUGGUGUUUCAUCGUAUAUAGGACUGAGAUAUCAAACUGUUUGGACUGUUGUUAUUAUUGGACCAAAAAGAAUGACAUCUAUUAUCAAAUUAACUACCCUCUCUGGGGUUCAAGAAGAAUCUGCUCUUUGUUAUCUUCUUCAAGUCGAUGAAUUUAGAUUUUUAUUGGACUGUGGCUGGGAUGAGCACUUUUCUAUGGAUAUUAUCGAUUCCCUGAGGAAGCACGUUCACCAGAUUGACGCGGUGCUGCUGUCUCACCCGGAUCCUCUCCACCUCGGGGCCCUCCCGUACGCGGUCGGGAAGUUGGGUCUGAACUGCGCCAUCUAUGCGACCAUUCCUGUUUAUAAAAUGGGACAGAUGUUCAUGUAUGAUCUUUACCAGUCUCGACAUAAUACAGAAGAUUUCACUCUGUUCACGUUAGAUGACGUGGAUGCAGCUUUUGAUAAAAUACAGCAGUUGAAAUUCUCUCAGAUUGUGAAUUUGAAAGGAAAAGGACAUGGCUUGUCUAUCACACCUCUGCCGGCUGGUCAUAUGAUAGGUGGGACCAUAUGGAAAAUAGUCAAAGAUGGAGAAGAAGAAAUUGUUUAUGCAGUUGACUUCAACCACAAGAGGGAGAUCCACUUAAAUGGAUGUUCCCUGGAAAUGCUAAGCAGACCCUCCCUACUUAUCACAGAUUCGUUUAAUGCUACAUAUGUGCAGCCGAGGAGAAAACAGAGAGAUGAGCAACUUCUGACAAAUGUCCUGGAGACACUUCGCGGGGAUGGCAACGUGUUGAUCGCAGUGGACACUGCAGGCAGAGUUCUGGAACUUGCGCAGCUCCUCGACCAGAUCUGGCGAACUAAAGAUGCAGGACUGGGUGUGUACUCCCUGGCACUCCUGAACAACGUCAGCUACAAUGUGGUGGAGUUUUCCAAGUCCCAGGUAGAAUGGAUGAGUGACAAAUUGAUGAGAUGUUUUGAAGACAAAAGAAAUAAUCCGUUCCAGUUCCGCCAUCUCUCUUUGUGUCAUGGUCUUUCUGACUUGGCUCGAGUACCCAGUCCUAAAGUGGUACUUGCCAGCCAGCCUGACCUGGAAUGUGGAUUUUCAAGGGAUCUCUUUAUUCAGUGGUGUGAGGACCCUAAAAACUCCAUCAUUCUAACUUACAGAACUACUCCUGGGACUUUAGCACGUUUCUUAAUUGAUAAUCCUGCUGAAAAAGUUACAGAAAUAGAGUUGAGGAAACGGGUAAAGCUUGAAGGGAAGGAACUUGAAGAAUACUUGGAAAGAGAGAAGCUAAAGAAAGAAGCUGCUAAAAAACUUGAGCAGUCCAAAGAGGCCGAUAUAGAUUCCAGCGAUGAGAGUGAUGUUGAGGAAGACAUUGACCAGCCUUCGGCUCAUAAGACUAAGCACGACCUGAUGAUGAAAGGUGAAGGCAGUCGGAAAGGGAGUUUCUUCAAACAGGCUAAAAAGUCUUAUCCCAUGUUUCCUGCCCCAGAAGAGAGAAUUAAAUGGGAUGAAUAUGGAGAAAUUAUCAAACCAGAGGAUUUCUUGGUGCCAGAACUUCAAGCCACUGAAGAAGAAAAAAGCAAAUUAGAAUCUGGCUUGACAAAUGGAGAUGAACCCAUGGAUCAGGAUUUAUCUGAUGUUCCUACCAAGUGUAUUUCUAUGACAGAAUCUAUUGAAAUCAAAGCCAGGGUUACUUACAUAGACUAUGAAGGACGCUCUGAUGGGGAUUCCAUUAAAAAGAUCAUUAAUCAGAUGAAACCCCGACAGUUGAUCAUUGUCCACGGGCCUCCAGAGGCCAGUCAGGAUCUGGCCGAGUGCUGCCGUGCGUUCGGGGGGAAAGACAUUAAAGUGUACAUGCCGAAGCUGCACGAGACCGUGGACGCCACCAGCGAGACCCACAUCUACCAGGUGAGAUUAAAAGACUCACUUGUUAGCUCCCUUCAGUUUUGUAAGGCAAAAGACGCUGAACUGGCUUGGAUAGAUGGUGUCUUAGACAUGAGAGUUUCCAAAGUGGACACAGGAGUUAUUUUAGAAGAAGGAGAACUGAAGGAUGAUGGAGAGGACUCAGAAAUGCAAGUGGACCCACCUUCAGAUUCUAGCGUUAUCGCCCAACAAAAGGCCAUGAAAAGUCUGUUUGGAGAUGAUGAGAAAGAAACAGGUGAAGAAAGUGAAAUCAUUCCUACUUUGGAACCCUUGCCACCUAAUGAGGUUCCUGGACACCAGUCAGUCUUCAUGAACGAACCAAGACUGUCUGACUUCAAACAAGUUCUCUUACGGGAGGGGAUCCAAGCUGAAUUUGUAGGAGGUGUCCUUGUUUGCAACAAUCAAGUAGCAGUUCGUAGAACGGAAACUGGACGCAUCGGAUUAGAAGGCUGCCUUUGUCAAGAUUUUUAUAGGAUAAGAGACCUUUUAUAUGAACAGUAUGCCAUUGUGUAAAGGACAGCAUGUCAAGAAGUAUCUGUUUGACCUUUAUAAGAAAAAAAGGAUUCUUAUUCUAAGCUUUUGCGCUUUUUUUGUAAUAUACAAAAAGAAUCUAUCAGAAAAACUAAGCGUGCAUUAGAUUUUUUACAAUGUAAAUAUUUUGCAAUGCGCUAAUAAGCAUUCUACCUUUUGGCUUUGAAUGGGAGAGACCUGUGUGCAGGCCUGAGAGGUGAAGGUACUUGCUUUCCUUUUCAGAAUCUAACUCUGGAAGGGCUCUUUACUUGAAUAAAACAAUGCAACUUAGCAAACCAGUUCAUGGCCUUAGAGAAACAUAUUUGCAUGAAUUCUUGCAAACUGUUUCUUACAUUUUCUGGAAUGCAAACUGAGAAUUAUUUAGAAAAGAUGUGCUAUUAGAAAAAAACUGAUAAAAGUUUUUGGAGGCCUACCUAGUUAAAAAAAAAAAGGUAGCGUAUGGGCUGUAACUCUUCUCUUGAAUUGUAAUAUGCAGUUGUCAUCACAUGCAGCAUAUCCGCUCCAUGCCUGUAUUUCUCAGAUCCACUAGCAUGAGGUUGGACACAUUUGGUUCAGAAAUCAAUUUUUAUUUCUUCCAUUUCUUGUUUUACCAAGAUUUUGUUGUUGUUCAGUUUGAAUUAUAACACCAUCAUCUGAAUACACAUAAUUCCACAGAAUUCCUCGAUGUGUUACAGUCUUAAGGGUUCUGUGUACAUGUCAGACACAGCUUAACUACCAGCUAGAUGACUGUGUUAGAAACUGUUUAGUGCUCUGUUUUCAAGGAAAUAAAUUUGAACCUCACAUUUCGAUACGAUAAUAGUAUCACUGAUUUACAAGCUGUAAACGUUUUCAUCUUUUAGGCUUGCUUUCUCCCAAGUUUGCCUAAGCAGUGGUUAGAUUUUAUAUACAAUACGACAAACAUAAUGUUGAAACUGGAGACGGUCAUCCUUUCUGUCCUCACAUCUUGGCAGCCCCGAUAAUAGUAUACACCACCUGUGUUUAAGAAUAAAAAGGGAAUAUAUGCAAUUUCCGUUGAACUUAAAAA